CAGCAGCAGCAGCAGCACAGAAAGAAGAUCGCCAGCCAGCGAUCUGACAAACUUCUUAGUCUUGCAUAAAAAUAUUGCAGAUCGUCUUCUACCGCUGUGUAGGGAUGCUUUUCCGCUCGGUUGUUGACAGAGGAGUGGGCCGACGAAGGCAGAAUGCCCUCACUGCAGAUCCAUGGCCCAGGUACCCUCUGAGCUCCCUGCUAGAAGGCUACCAGUGCGUCCGACAUGACGAACACAUGUCUUACGGCAACCUGGGCGAGUCUGUGCCACCGUUUGGACUGGCUUUCUCCUCUGCCGGGGACCUGCAAAAUGUCCUUGCAGCAGCUAAUGAAGAAGGCAUUGUUCGGAUCUACAACACGGAGAGCCGAGAAAAGCCGCUUCUUAAAGAAUGGCUGGCUCAUGAGAAUGCUGUAUUUGACAUCGCCUGGGUACCAGGGGAGCCUCACUUGGUGACUGCUGCCGGUGAUCAGACAGCCAGGCUGUGGGAUGUGAAAUCAGGGGAGCUGUUAGGCAGCUUCAAGGGUCACCUCUGCAGCCUCAAGUCUGUUGCGUUCACACCGGAGGAGAAAGCUGUGUUCUGUACUGGGGCCAGAGAUGGAAAUAUUAUGGUCUGGGACACCAGGUGCAGCAAAAAAGAUGGCUUCUACAGACAGGUGAAACAGAUCAGUGGUGCUCACAACAAAGCAGAGGCGAACCCCCUCACCAGAACAAAGAAGAGGAGGAGCAGCACACGUGGCAUGGCUCCCAGUGUGGAUACCCAGCAGAGCGUCACAGUGGUUUUGUUUCAGGAUCAGCACACCCUCAUCUCUUCUGGGGCUGUCGAUGGAGUAAUCAAGAUGUGGGAUCUGAGGAAGAACUACACCGCACACCGCCAGGAUCCUGUUCCGCUGCAGACGUACCCGUACCCGGGGUCCUGCAUGCGCACGCGACUGGGUUAUUCCGGUCUUGUGCUGGACUCCACGAGAUCCAGCGUCCUCUGUAACUGCACUGAUGAUAGUAUCUACAUGUUCAAUGUCAGUGGAGUGAAAACGACUCCAGUGGCAGUUUUCAGUGGCCACCAGAACUCCUCCUUUUAUAUAAAGUCCACUGUUAGCCCAGAUGACCAGUUCUUGGCCAGCGGCUCAAGUGACAACCACACAUACAUCUGGAAGAUCUCUGACCCCGAACAUCCUCCUGUAAUGCUCCAAGGCCACAGUGAGGAAGUGACAUCUGUUGCAUGGUGCCCAACAGAUUUCACUAAGAUUGCUUCCUGUUCUGAUGACCACACUGUGCGGAUCUGGAGGCUUCGGCGGGAAAUGGAUGGAGUGCAGUCUUCAGUGGGACAGGCCAACCUUGUGGGCUGGGCGCGUCCGAAGUCUCCCUCAAGGCCUUCGAUCAGAGCUGAAACCACCCCAGCCAAGACCCAAAGGACAGAGAGUCUCGGUGGCCUGGCGUCGCCCCAGCUUGCUGUCUGCGCUCCCAGUGGAGCGGCCCUGCCUCUGCCCUCCAGCACCACCUCACCCAUCCCUUCUCAGGACACUAAGGCCGCUGUUGUCCGCCAGAGAACACCGUCCUCUAUCAAACAGUGGUUAUCCCCGAGCCGUGGAUCUCCUGGUCGGGUCAGUCUCCCGCUCCGCCAGGUGCUGAGCCCGCGUCCCCAGAGCCCCGCUGGCAGCACCUCUCCCGCAGAACGACGCGCCAAACGCAGGCUGGAGACCGGCGACGGUGCGUCCGCGAGCUGCGAUGGUGCAGAACAGUGUGACUGCGUUACUGAACUCUACCCCGCAGCCAAGAGAGGCCGGACCCUGUCUGCAGCCUGCUGCCCCGCUCGAGAGAGCCGGGUACAAACAGACUGUCACUCAGAAGACAACAAGCAAGCCUCAUCGAGACAGACCGGCAAGGAGAACUGCUCCCCCAGAGCAGUUGACUGGUUGUCGGUGAUGGGCCAAAAGAUGAGGAAAGGUCAAGAAAGCCCCAGUGCUCCCAGAAGCCCCAGCGCCUCUAAGAAACAAGAUGGCAAGACACCAGCUUCACCGACCAUCCGCUCACCACAAACCAUGAAGAAAAUCUCCACGUAUUUCACAAGAAGGCCUCUGGAGUGACCUCUUGUGCCAGUCAGAUGCUCUGUGCUUCUGUUUAAAAUGUUUUAUUUUGAGUAUUUUUAACCUGAACCCACAGACAAUAAGCCUCUGAGAAUGCCUCUGUGUCCGGAUGACAUGAGCACAUGACCCCGGGCCGCACAGAGAUCGACAGAACCGUAAGUCUGAAUAUUUGAUGCUGUGGUUUUCACAUCCUGAGAGGCUGCUUUAUUUUAAUUGGGUCAUAGGUUUUACUGUUGCCUCCUACACAAUUUUCUGGUGCUGUGUGGAAUAUCUGUUAAAACAAAUCAAGUUGCACGUUGCUGAGUAGAUUUUUCAUUUUACUCAAACCUGACAACUCUAAGAGAUGCUUUAGUGUUUGAUACAAGAACCCACAUUUAAUAAAGUUGUUCAAGAAGUCAACCACGUGUUGAACCUCAAGUGCAGAGAAAACUAUUUGUCUGCAGGUGUGGAAAUAUAUUAUAUACUGCUGAAAAACAAUGCCAAUAAUUUGAUCCACAUCUUUCAGCCGUUUUAUGAACUUCACUAAGAUGCAUCGUUUCAUCUCUUUGUGGUUUUUUUCAUGUAUGGGUUUUGACAUCUGUCUUACAAAAAUUCUGCAAAAUGUAAUUUUUCUUGAGCAAAUGCUUAAGUUGUUUAUAUGUACAAAAUAACCAAUGAUUGUCUCUUGGUUCCUUUGUAUUUAAUUGACACAAUUUUGCUGUGGUCAGAUGUUAUUAAAUUGAAAAUAGUUUUCAAAGUGUGUGCCAUGCUUUUGGUAGCAUAUUAUCAGUGUGAUCCAUGUGUUUGUGUUAUAAAGGGUGCUUGGUGGUGAGCCACAAGUGAGAAUAAAAUAGUGACUUUAAUCAUUUACUGCAGUGGUUACAAAGUUGGUCUCCUUAUGACCCCUCUUCACAGGUUACACACCUUUUUUUCUCUGACAGUUUUAAUUGAAUACUUUUAGGAGUAUGGAGAGUUAAAAUAAUUCAGUAAUUCAAAGAGAAAGGGAACAGAUUAGAAAAUAAAGACUGCAGAUGAAAUGCUUCUUCCCUGGUUUUCCUAAUGUGUUCAGCUUUUCGAAGUCUAUCCGAAAACCAAAGCAGGAUAGAAAAAUACUUGUAUAACAGCCCUUCAGUGGCGUCCUGCGGUUGUGAACCACUCAUCUUCAAUUCUCGGCUGAUUUAAUGUUAAAAUAUGUAUUAUUUUAUAAUUGUCCCCUUAUUUAACUUAGAAUUUUCUCAUUCUCU